CUGCUCUUCUCAAAUGUAAAAUUAGUCUAAGUACAAUGAGGGUAGGGGUUCUCUGUGUCUGCCAUCUCCUCCCACUCAAGAUUUAGAAAGAGCCAAUAAUUAAUUAAUUACAUUUGGUCUUAUCUUGGGACAAACUCCAAUCCUAUUAAGCCCUGCAAAGAGAUCUCUGUCUAAAUCCUCCCGUGGGGGCACGAUAUAGGACCCUUUGCCUUCCUUUCCAUCUAUAAGUGACUCAGCGCCUUGGGGUCAGCUCCUGGCCAGUGAGGAGGUCGCCAGAGGAGGGGGCGUGGGGGGGGCUUCCUGCCCCAGACCCUGCUCCCCUGCCUCAGUCUCCCUUUUCUCCCCUCAUAUCUUCCCUCUUAUCUCCUUCCUUCUCGUCCUCCCUCCUCCCGCCCUCUUCCACCUCCCUCUCCCCUGCCUUCUCCUUUGCCUUCUUCUUCCCCCCAAAGCCCAGACACAGUUCCAGACUGGAACAUGCACCGCAGCUGCCUGGCAGAGGGCGUCCCCACCGUUGCGGGCAACUCCUGGAUCUCAGGUGAGCCUCUGCCAGGCCUCCCACCCAUGGUCCACCGGGGCGCUGGAGGCAUUCACACUGCCCUCUCUGCCCCAGGCUUGGCCUUCCCUGAUUGGGCCUACAAAGCCGAGUCGUCCCCAGGCUCCCGGCAGAUCCAGCUGUGGCACUUCAUCCUGGAGUUGCUGCAGAAGGAAGAGUUCCGCCAUGUCAUCGCCUGGCAGCAGGGAGAGUACGGGGAGUUUGUCAUCAAGGAUCCAGACGAGGUGGCCCGCCUCUGGGGCCGCAGGAAGUGCAAACCACAGAUGAAUUAUGACAAGCUGAGCCGGGCCCUCAGAUAUUACUACAAUAAGAAGAUCCUGCACAAGACCAAAGGCAAAAGGUUCACUUACAAGUUCAACUUAAGCAAGCUCAUCGUAGUCAACUGUCCUCGAUGGGAGGCAUGGGCAAUGCCGGCCCCCAACUUGUUUCGGCCCACCCUGGUGCCCAUGGGCGUGCAGAGUAAGCUCCUACACAGCAUGCUGCUCACCCGCUGGGCCAUGGUGGAGCAGCUGUCUGGACAGUGGGCCCUCCGAGGGCCACCAGAGGCCUCUGAGGAUAAGAAGGGGAGCAGCAGCCGUAUCUACCGACUUGGCUCUGCCUCCACCCACUGCCUGCUCAGCCCUUGCUGCCAUUUGGGGAGCCUCCCAGAAGAGCGGCCCAGUUUUGCCUCCUUCACGCCUCCCCUCCCACCCUCUCUCUCCUCAGGGCCCCUCUUGGCCCCGCUUCUCCCAGAGCAGCAGUUUCCAGGGUCCCCCACGACAGACACCCUGCUCCCAGGGCCCACCUGCCCCCCAGCGACCUGGCAUUUCCCGGGGCUUCCCCUGCUGGCUGGGCUGGGCCAGGGGGGCGGUGAGAGGCUCAGGCUCUUGUUCCUUAGGCCAGAGGGGCUGGAGGUAAAGGCCCACCCCCUGAUGGGAGGAAAAGGGUACCUGGAUCCCUGGGAGGGCUUCUUCGCAGAGAUGCAAAGACCCAAACCUGGGGAGGAAAGUCUUAGGUCCCCUAAUUUGGAGAAUUUUGAAGCAGAGUGGCCCUUGGAUCCUCCUUAACUGAGGAGGAAGAUGAGACGUGGGCCCCCAAACUCCACCUCUCCUCUGGCCCACCUCCCUGCUGGCUUUGCACCUCCCUGGGUGGAAAUAAGUCUAAAUUGUGGGAGGAUUUGAAUGGAUGGAGUUGGAUCCGAGGAGGUGGGGGGCAUUGCCGAGAAGGAGCAUAUGUGGAGACGGGACAAACUGAGGCAGGGUGCCCCCUCCAUCCCACUACAUUGCUAAUCAGAUUAAGGAGACUUUUUUUUUUUUUAAUUUCAGAGAGGAAGGGAGAGGAAGAGAGAGAUAGACACAUCAGUGAUGAGAGAGAAUCAUCAAUUGGUUGUCUCCUACACUCCCCACACUGGGGACUGAGCCCGUAACCCAGGCAUGCACCCCGACUGGGAAUCAAACAGUGACCUCCUGGUUCAUAGGUCAAUGCUCAACCACUGAGCCACGCCGGCUGGGCCUAAGGAGACAUUCUGAAUCUCAGCUUAUUUUGAGGGAGAUGAGAACAAGGUUUCCAUCAUUUGCAGCACCCCAUACCUACCCCAUGAGGGGGAAAUCAGAGGUCUAGCUUGGGAAGGGGAUCAGGAAUUGAUUUGUUCCCUGAACAUCAGGGCAACUCCUUUCUUCUCUGGGGCCCAAGUCCCUUACCCGUCUCCCUGCUGCCCCUCCACAUCCUUGUUUUCCAUCCUCUGAUUUCUGUGACCUUGGGACGUGCAUGCAGGCCCGUCCUUCUAGCUUCAUUUCCCCAAGACCCAAGCAAGUGGGGUAGGGAGGUUCUCUGUAACACUCUACUGCAGACCACGAAUAAAAUGCCCUUGGCAAACUGGCCCCUUGGCUGACAUUUCUGCUGCCCUCUGAUGUGGUGUGGAUCUAAACAGCACCCAAGAUUCCUGAUGGGAAGAGCGAGGGGGCUAGGGAUGAGGCCUCAGUCGUGGAGCAGAAGUGGAAAUGAAGCCAACCAGUCUCCUCCCUCCUGCUGCCAUCACGUCCCGGAGAGAAAGGCUGAAAGCAGCCACUCUGGCCACGCGGACAGCCAGCCUCAAGGGAAGAACAGCAGCAGAGCAGGGCUUCUUCACAGAGUGACCCUCAGAUCCCGACCUGGGUCUCAAAGCAGAGCUCUGAGGGGCUGGGGGUGAAGGGGGGUGUUGGCAGGGGUCCCUCCUGCUCUGAGCCCCAGGUCCUAAGAGUGAUGGGAGGAGGUGAUGAAGCAUUGGAUGGCUGGGGAAGGGGAGACACAUUAGGGUUUUUUGCUUAAUCAAGGAAAUGCCAAGGGGAUUGAACCCUAUUGCUCUCCUAUCUCCAGGCUUGUCAAUAACAGGGUCAGGAUUUGUCUCCACUUAUUUCUAUUAUGAGGAACAGAGACCGAGCAGGUACAGAGGACCUUUUUGUCCAUCUGUUUCCCCUCACUCAGAGUAAGGGUGCUUCCCUGUCCCUGGGAUCCCUGACCUUUUGCUUUCUGUUACCUCUCGGUCCUUCCUUGUGGCAGCUGUGUCACUGUCAGGAGUGGAAUGGGAAGGAGAAACCCAGAGUAGGACAGGGUUAGGCCUCACCCCACAGGAAGACUGAGGGAAGCAAGGAGCCCAAACCCUGGGUUUCCAAGCUAGAUAUAGGCUGUAGCUUCCUGGUCAAGCUGCCCAGAUGACCAUGCUUACAAUGCCUGGCCUCCCCAUUGCUCUCCUCCUAUUAUUAAUAUUAAUAACUAGCCAAUCGUGAUGGAAGCUACAGCCUCACGCUCCCCAGGAAGCCACUGGCCCAUUCCCUGCAGACCCCUGGAGGAAGGGACUGAACAAAGGGGGAGACGGGCACAUGCACGACGAAGUUGGGGUGAUGUAGGGAAGGUGCUUGUCUGUCCGUCUAGCCUGGAAAAAAGGUCAUCCGUGAGGAGGGUAGAGCCACUGCAAACGUACAAAAUCACGGAAGGAUAAAAUCCCGAGUCCCCGCUCCCUUUUCUCUCUUACUACGUGGCCCGCACUCACCCUCCAUGUGGCCUUAAGCAGCUGCACGGCCCAUGGCCAGGCGGACCCCACACACAAUGGACUGCAGCUGGGAACACAGGCUAAGCCAGCCAGAUGGACUGGACUUGAAUACGGAGCAAAAGUUCUGGGCAAUGGCCUUACUUCUAGCCCAGCUGAAGACAAGAUUGUACUUCUUUCGUGGCAAGAUGGAUGGAGACGGGACCUCGGAGGGAAACCCUCUUGAUUUUACAUCGUCAAUAAAGCUUUGCACGAAACCCCAUCCUCCCAUAGGAGCCUGGGAAAUUAUUUUCCUUUCAGCACCCCAAGA